CCCCAAAUGCUUUUUUGGAUCUCAGACUCUAGGAGCAAAGGAAUGGGAAGCCCCUGGGUAGACAGAAUUCCCUGGCUCAGACAGCUCAGUGGAAGAAUCCUAAAGGCCUUUCUCCCUUUCCUGAGCCUCUGGGCAAGGAGGGCAGGAUCUUGGUUCCAGGGUCUCAGUACCCCCUGUGCCAUUUGAGCUGCCUGCACUCAUCAUCUCUAUUAAUAACCACCCCCCUCCCCCACUGCCAGUGCUGCCCCCACGCCUGCCCAGCUCGGGUUCUCUGGUCACAGCAGUUCAGUCCUCCAAAGCUGUUGGACCCUAGGGAGAGCUGACCACCAACUGAGCAGCCGGUUGAAUCCACCUCCACAAUGCCGCUCUCAGGAACCCCAGCCCCCAACAAGAAGAGGAAAUCCAGCAAGCUGAUCAUGGAACUCACUGGAGGUGGACGAGAAAGCUCAGGUCUGAACCUGGGUAAGAAGAUCAGUGUCCCAAGGGAUGUGAUGUUGGAGGAGCUGUCACUGCUCACCAACCGGGGUUCCAAGAUGUUCAAACUGCGGCAGAUGAGGGUGGAGAAAUUUAUCUAUGAGAACCACCCUGAUGUUUUCUCUGACAGCUCAAUGGAUCACUUCCAGAAGUUUCUUCCCACAGUAGGGGGACAGCUGGGUACAGCUGGUCAAGGAUUCUCCUAUAGUAAGGGCAGUGGUGGAGGCCAGGCAGAUGGCAGUGGCUCUGCUGGACAGUAUGGCUCUGACCAUCAUCACCACCAGGGCUCUGGUUCUGGAGCUGGGAGUGCAGGCGGUCCUGGGGGCCAGACUGGUAGAGGAGGUGGUGCUGGCACAACAGGGCUUGGUGAGACAGAAUCAGGAGACCAGGCAGGUGGAGAAGGAAAGCAUAUCACUGUGUUCAAGACCUAUAUUUCCCCAUGGGAGCGAGCCAUGGGGGUUGAUCCCCAGCAAAAAGUGGAACUUGGCAUUGACCUGCUGGCCUAUGGGGCCAAACCUGAACUCCCCAAAUAUAAGUCAUUCAACAGGACAGCAAUGCCCUAUGGUGGAUAUGAGAAGGCCUCUAAACGCAUGACCUUCCAGAUGCCCAAGUUUGAUCUGGGGCCUCUGUUGAGUGAACCCUUGGUCCUCUACAACCAGAACCUCUCCAACAGGCCUUCUUUCAAUCGAACCCCUAUUCCCUGGCUGAGUUCUGGGGAGCCUGUAGACUACAAUGUGGAUAUUGGCAUUCCCCUGGAUGGAGAAACAGAGGAGCUGUGAGGUGUUUCUUUCUCUAAUUUGCAGUUUACCCUCUCUGGUUCCAUUUUGGAGAGGGAAUGCUGAGCAGGAUGCCCCCACUGUUAAUCUAGUAUCCUUAUGGGAAUGGAAGGAAAAAAGGUGGGUGAGAUCUGACUUUCCAUCCUUUACUCUAAUCCCCCAAUCCAAGCAUCCUUCCUCAACAAUUCAGAACUCCCCUUUCUACUUGCUCCAUAUGGAACCUACUCUUGUAUGGAAUUUUUCUGCCACUGGUAACAGUCAAUAAACUUCAAGGAAAUGAA